CUGGAUAUGGCAUAUUCUUACAAGAGUCAUUAUCAUUACUAACCUUGCCAUCACUAUAACACGGUAUAAAGAUGGCAUCAUUGACUUCCGACCCUAUUCUCCUCAACCCACUUUCCGAAAUCAUCGCCGCCCUCUCUUCGUCUUCUUUCGGGAUCCUCCCCGCUCCUGAUUCUGAACCGCUUCUGGAGCAGACAUUCCCGAGAACGGCGGAAGAGUUGAAGAGUGUCCAAGAGGAGAGUAAUCGAUCACGGAAAAUCAGCGAAAGAAUAGUAGGAAUGUGCCGGGUCGGACUGCUGGAUGGAGAGGGGCAUGUGGUUAUUAGGUUGGACAGGGCAGGAUGGACUAUUGAGACGGCGGAUGGGGAACGGCACGUCACAAACAAGAUAGGGACGACAUAUGAGAGUAUGGAGAGUUUAUUGAUCAGCGCGAGCAAGAAGUACGUAGAGGCGAUGAACAGGGAGAUAUGGAAAAGGUUUGAAGACCAUCCUCAGGCCGUCGAGGAGCGGGAAUGAGCAUAGGCAGGGUCUUUAUGGGUAUAGAAUGGUUGGAUGUUUUGUAAUGAGAUAAUCAUCGUAUUCACGG